AUAUAUAUUUUUCAACUUAAUAUAAUUGGUGAAUGAAAAAUUAUUAUAUUUUGAAAAAAAAAAUUCCAUCAAGGUUUAAAAUAGAAGAAAGCAAUAUAAUAUGUAUUAAAAAAUUCUUAAAAAAAAAAAAUGUAUUCAAAAAAGUUAAAAAAAAUAUAUUUUAAGUAGCUCGAUUUGAGAUUAAAUAAAUAUGAAUUUUAAAUUGAUACUCCUUCACAAAGGUUGAAAAACCAUACAUUGCACGGAUAGUUUUCAAUAUUUUAAUCUCCCCUCCACUUUUGCGCAGUCCGUACCUUUUUUGGAAUGUCGGAGUUUGAUACUGUUCAAUUUUCUCUCUCCAUUCAUUCAUUCAAUCUCUCCUCACUAGUCACUACUACUCUCUUCUCUAUUGGGGGGUGUCACUGUUUCUGAAAGACAUCCCAUCUAUAGCUCAAAUCUUCAACAUCAGUAUUAUAUAUAUCCCACCAAUUUUUAUGUACAUAUACUAAUUAAUUAAAUGGUUGAUUUUGGUUAAACCCCUAUAUUUUAUUUAAGGUAUCCAUUUCUACAGUUGUUUCUUCAUCUUCAAUCCUUCAUCUUCUUUGCUGCCAUUAUUGAUUAGUAGUGGAAGAUGGAUCGAAAUCGAGUAAAUAGAGCUCGUUGCUCGGGUCCUAUCCCAUCAGAUGAGUCAGCAUUGGAUCUGGAAAGGAAUUCCUGUGGUCAUCAUAAUUUCCCUUCUUUGAGUCCACCCCUUCAACCCUUUGCAUCAGCAGGACAGCACUCUGAAAGUAGUGCAGCUUAUUUCUCAUGGCCAGCUUCCUGUCGGAUAAGUGAUGCUGCUGAAGAGAGGGCAAAUUACUUUGCAAACCUUCAAAAAGGAGUUCUCCCUGAAACUCUUGGCCGGUUACCUCAAGGGCAGCGUGCCACAACUUUGCUUGAGUUGAUGACCAUAAGGGCAUUUCACAGCAAAAUUUUACGUUGUUAUAGUCUUGGCACAGCAAUUGGUUUUCGCAUCAGAAAGGGUGUACUGACUCAAGUACCUGCCAUCCUUGUUUUCGUUUCAAGGAAGGUGCACAAGCAAUGGCUGACCCCCAUACAAUGUUUACCUACUGCCUUGGAGGGACCAGGAGGUGUAUGGUGUGAUGUGGACGUGGUAGAAUUCUCUUAUUUUGGAGCUCCAGAGCCUGCACCCAAGGAGCAACUUUACACUGAGAUAGUGGAUGAUUUGCGUGGAAAUGAUUCAUGUAUUGGUUCAGGUUCACAGGUGGCAAGCCAAGAGACUUAUGGAACCCUGGGUGCUAUUGUGAGGAGUCAAACUGGAAGUAGACAAGUGGGCUUCCUAACAAACCGGCAUGUUGCAGUUGAUUUGGAUUAUCCAAGUCAGAAGAUGUUUCAUCCUCUGCCACCAAAUCUUGGCCCUGGUGUAUAUUUGGGUGCUGUGGAGAGGGCUACAUCCUUCAUCACAGAUGACCUAUGGUAUGGCAUCUUUGCUGGAAUAAAUCCAGAGACAUUUGUGAGAGCAGAUGGAGCAUUCAUUCCAUUUGUAGAUGAUUUUGAUAUGUCAACAAUAAGUACAUCUGUAAAAGGUGUAGGGGAUAUAGGAGAUGUUAAGCAUAUAGAUUUGCAAUCUCCUAUUAGUAGCUUAAUCGGAAAACGAGUAAUGAAAGUUGGUCGAAGUUCUGGCCUGACAACUGGCGUUGUAUUAGCUUACGCACUUGAGUACAAUGAUGAGAAGGGAAUAUGCUUCUUGACUGAUUUUCUCGUUGUUGGUGAGAACCAGCAAACCUUUGACCUUGAAGGAGACAGUGGAAGCCUCAUUAUGUUAGUAGGGGAAAAUGGGGAAAAGCCACGUCCAAUUGGCAUAAUAUGGGGUGGAACUGCCAAUCGUGGCCGUCUGAAAUUGAAAGUUGGUUUUGCGCCUGAGAAUUGGACUAGUGGGGUUGAUUUAGGAAGGCUUCUCAAUCUGCUUGAGCUUGAUCUCAUCACAACCAGCCAAGGGCUUAAAGAGGCAGUGCAAGAACAAAUUGUUGCAUCAGCAACAGCAAUGAAUUCUGCAGUUGGUGAUUCCUCUCCUCCUGAUGGACUUCCAUUGGAUAAAAGCAAAGAGGAGUUCCAGCCCUUGGGACUCCAAAUUCAGCAUCUUCCUUUAGAAAAUGGACCUCCUGGCCCUGAUAUUAAUUCAUCAGCAAUGGAAACUGACCUGAAUUUGGAAGAUGAAGAGAAGUCAGGCCCAAGUGUCGAGCAUCAGUUUAUUCCUAGUUUUGUUAGACAAUCCCCGCUACAUAAAUUUGAUCAAGAAGAGAUUAAGCAUUCAGAAAAUCUCUCCGCGUUGAGGAAUGGUUCGGAUGAAGAUAUCUGUGUGUCAUUGCAACUGGGUGACAAUGAGUUGAAGAGAAGGCGAUCAGAUGCUUCAACUAGCUCUGAUGAACCUAAUAAACAAAAGUUAGAGCUUUAGUUGCUGUUGUUCAUGUGAGUUGUUUAGUGUUUGUAAUUCGAAUAAUUCUGCAAUCUAUAUCCCAAAUCUAGUGGUGGUGUUGGUGGCUAAUGUAUAAAUGAUGCCAACACCAUCAUGAUUGGUAUUUUACCCUAUUUAUCCAUGUCAUAUAGCCUGCAUCUUAGUGUAAAUUGGCUAUCUUAUGCCCAACUACCUUAGAUAAGAAAUGGUCUUUUAUUAUUGGGAAA